UAUUUGGAUACCGCUACAUGUGAAGCUCUUACACCCACUGGCAGUUCGGAAUUGGACUCAUGCUCGCUUGUGCUUUGCCCACUCUACCGUCAGUUACAGUUGCCGCGAAACGGAAAGCUAUCCUGUUACAGAACUGCUUUCCCUCGCUCCACCACCGCCGGAAUCGGAUUACCGGAUCUACGCCGGCGCUCAGUUCCAACUUCUUAUAUCGGCCACCACAUUUGGUACCGGCGAGGCUAGCCCGCAUGACGCUGCUGUCGGGCUUGAUCUCAUUCCCGAGCAACUCAACGGAGCUGAGGGACGAGGCCGAUUUUGAGUCUAUUCUGACACCCGAAGGCUACAUUUACGUCUGCGGUUUCGGCUCUCUUCUAUCAGAGAAGAGCGCGAGGAGUACUUUUCCCAAUCUUAGGAACUUCCAAGCGGCUUUUCUUCCCGGAUUUAGACGCGUCUUUGCCCAUAUUGCCCCUAUCUUCUACGAGCGCGGUAUUGCAAAAGAAGAAACUAAGGAAGUUUCAAGCUUGAGCGUUGAACCCUGUGAAGGAGAGGGCCUUAUUGUUACCGUGUUUGAGAUUGCACGAUCGGAGAUCUCUUCUUUUAUAGAGAGGGAGAAUGAGUUCCGCUUCUUGGCUAUUGUUCCUGAGGCUUUGGAUGGCGCUCGUUUUACUAAUUCAGCGGUGCUUUGUGCACGUUAUAGUGAUGAGGAGUACUUUCAGAUCAGAUGCAAAGGUAAUAAGGAUAUUUACUUUCAGAAUUAUGGAAGGUUUAACAUCCAUAAGAUAUGGAGGGAUGAUAUCUUACCUUGUCGUGUUUAUCUUAGACAUUGGUACCAUUGAUAACCACAUUUUCUCCACAUUGUCAACCACAAAUAAUUUUCUUAUUUUCGUCUAAGUAUAUGGUAGAAAGGGACUUUCACUAUCCCCUGAUCUCAUCUUCAAAUCUUCACUGGUGCAUGAAACCUUGUCAAAGAAAAAUCAUUUGCGAUGACUUCCUAAACUUUCCAUUGACGAAUGCUUUGCUUUGAUUACAGAAUCUACAUCGACUUUUCUUCUGAUCUAGUGGUCAUGGUUUGUGGUUAUUUCUACUGUUGGCCUUGCAUCAAUUGUUGGUUUAAUCCCACCUCCAACAACAACCCAUAUCAUUCUACUAUAUGGAAAUCCCAUCUUCGAGUCAUCUUUAGUUUUUUUUUUUUAAAACAUAAAAGAGUAGCACCAAGGAGCAAGUAACUCCAUUUAAAUGCGUAGGCCUUUUCUGGAAGGACUAAUGCUUCAUUUGGGACAACUUUCUUACUACUUCUUAAAGCAGUUUUCUCGUGCAAAAUUUUAAAUUUUUGUAUUAGAAAGUUGUUUUAAGAAGCAUUAAGAAAGUCAUCCCGAACGAAACCUAAGCUUUACUCUUAUGUAUCAUUUGGAAAAUGUUUUGCCAACUCUUAGCUCAAAAGAAGUACCUAAGCCUGGACACCUUACAUAACUAGUAUCGUUUUUUCUCAAAACAUUAAUGAUUUAACGUGCA